UUGUUCCCCUAAUCCAGUUCUUAGUUUAUGACUAAAGACUUCCGACAACGUCAGACAGUGUGGUUCGACGUUUUUAGACAUUUAGAAACAUAGAAUAACUGAUAACGUUUUGUGAGCGUAUUUGAUAAUUAACUUGGAUUGUGAUCAAUUGUUAUAAACGUCUAACAGAUUGAAGCUUGUGAACAAAUUAAUACACUUAAUCCAAAAAGAUGUCCAACUGGCAGAGUCCACCCAAUGCAGGAUACUAUCCAGGCCAACAAGGAGGUUAUCCAUACCCACAACAAAAUCCCGGGUACCCACCAAACGCUGGUUAUCCACCACCUCAAGGAAAUUUUAACGCAGGCUAUCCCCCAGCACCGGGUUUUAUCCCACCAGGAGGAGGAAGUUACGGAGACGUACCACCACCUGCUGGAGCACCUUUUGGAGGUCCACAAUCAAGCAUGUACGGCACAGGAUAUGUCGAAGAUCCCAUGCGGGAUGAUGAAGCCAAAGGAUUUGAUUUUUCUGAAAAAACUAUUAGACAAGGAUUCAUUAGAAAAGUGUAUUCUAUUUUGAUGUGUCAGCUAUUAAUCACAUUAGGAAUUAUCUGUGCAUUUGUAUACAGCCCAGGAGCUAAACAAUUAACUCGGAGCCAUCCAGAAUUAUUUUGGAUUGCUUUUGCUAUUACUAUAGUUUUAUUAAUUUGUUUGGUUUGCUGUACGAGUGUCAGACGUAAAUCGCCCAUGAACUUCAUAUUUCUUUUCAUAUUUACGGCCGCUGAAGGAUUCUUAUUAGGGACAGCUGCAUCAACAUAUAAACGUGAAGAGAUAGUGAUGGCUGUAGGAAUAACUGCUGCAGUAUGUUUAGCGUUGACGAUUUUCGCUUUCCAAACAAAGUGGGACUUUACCGGCAUGCACGCUGCUCUUUUCGUUGGUGUGAUUAUUCUAAUGUUAUUUGGAAUUAUUGCAAUCUUUAUUCCUGGCAAAGUAGUGACAUUAGUUUAUGGGGCGCUAGGGGCAUUAUUAUUUUCAAUGUAUUUGAUAUAUGACACUCAGUUAAUGAUGGGUGGCAAACACAAAUAUUCAAUUUCCCCCGAAGAAUAUAUUUUUGCUUCUCUAAAUCUUUAUCUUGAUAUAAUUAACAUCUUUAUUUAUAUACUUACUAUUAUUGGCGCUUCACGUGAUUAAUUAAAAUAAUAAAAAAUCGUUCAAGAAAUAUAUUCUUCUAAGUAUAAAUUAUUUUAUUUUUUAUUUCAUCAAUAGAAGUUCAUUCUUUUUUUUUUAAUCUUCUAAUAGAAAGCAU